UCCAUCCUGACUGUUUCUCCAUCAUGGUUGAAUCCUGGAGCUUCAGUGACUUUGAGCUGUGAGGUUGAACAUUGGUCUACAGGAUGGAGGUUCUACUGGUAUAAAGUUGUUCCUGAUCCAUCACAGAACAACUACAGAUAUGAUUCACUGCCUGGUAGCAUCAAUGGGACUGAAAAUAACUCCUUCAUCAUUCAUGGACAGAAACACACAGCAGGAUUUGCAUGUAGAGCUGGAAGAGAAAACCCAGAAUAUUUUACAUUGUAUAGUGAACCAAAGUUCAUCUGGUCUAAAGAUUCUCAUCCAGCAGCGUCUCUCUCAGUGAGUCCUGACAGAGAGCAACACUUCACCUCUGAGUCUGUGACUCUGAACUGUGGAGGAAAAUCUGUUGAUUGGAGAGUGAAGAAGUUUAUAGAAUCUGGUUAUCUGUUCUACAUCAACAAAUGCUCCUUCUGGGGAUCAAUGACUGGAUCUUCAUGUACCUUCAACAGUUAUUGGCCCCAUAAAUCAGUUCUCUGGUGUGAAUCUGGAUCAGGAGAGUUCAGCAAUGCAGUCAACAUCACUUUUCAAUAUGAAGAUCUUCUCCUGGUGAGCCCCGUCCAUCCUGUGACUGAAGGAGCUUCUGUCACUCUUAGCUGCAUAACGAGAGGAGAAAACAAACUUUCUAAUGUGAUUUUCUAUCACAAUGACAAACUGAUCCAAAAUGACAGCAGAGGAGAGCUGAAGAUCUCUGCAGUGUCUCAGUCAGAUGAAGGUUUCUACAAGUGUGAACAUUCAGGAAACGUUUCACCUCAGAGCUGGAUGACAGUUAAAUCUGUUUCAGAACAGAGCAGCUCUUCGUUUCCUGUCAUGUGGGCCGUCGGACCGGUUUGUGGAAUCGUCCUCGUUGUUCUCCUGCUGCUUCUGAUUCGCUUCAUAAGGUUCAAAGGUUCUGGAAGAGUGGAGACUGUCUACCAGGAUGAUCAGCAGCAGCCAGUUUACUCCUCUCUGCUGCAGGGAGACCUUUGCGUCUACGAAACAAUCAGACAGCCUGGAAACUACGUAAAUGUUUCAGGUCAAGAACAAUCGGAUUAUGCUAACGUGGGCGGCAGGUCAGAUUCGGCCUGAAGAUUUUUGUCAAGAGGAAUGAAUCGA